GGAAAACUGUUAUGAACGAGCGCGCCGGCGCUUCCCCGGAACACGUGCGGGAGCUCGACGUCCGUCGUCGCGACGCAUUUUCGUAUUAAAUUCUACAAGAAUUUGGGCGAGAGAGAGCGAAAGAAAGAGAUAUCAAAUCAAACGUGUACAUUCGCCCUCCUCCUUCUCCCCCUCGCCGUUUCACAGUGGAUUAGACAUCAUCUAGUUACAUAUUCGGAAAAUUCACGUUUCAACAGCGCUUAUUGUACAACGACGCAUACGUUACACAUGCCAAUAUCAUAAUUUUUAUGUAAUCGAAUGCACGUUCGCAUACGUAAUAUCACGAACCACGUCGUCAUUCCCUUUUUUUCAACUUCACGGAACUUCGUCAUGGGUUUGCAUCCACUUUGCCUGCAGCAGUGAUCAUUUCGUCAAGUAUAGCGAUACCUGAGAUUGUCUCACAAUCCAAUUUCUAUUCCGAAAAGUAAGAAUACCGCGUGCUAGAAAUAACUCGACAAAUGAAAUGCUGUACGAUCAUACCAAAGAAUUACCUUCGACCUUAGUGUUGCCUGCUUAGGGAUUAGUUAGCUGAAGUGUUUUUCAGAAUACACCUUCGAGUCUGGAAAGGUGGCUGAAUAUUCUUUGUACCGGCUCUAUGAAUAGAUCACUUACUGCUCAUACUAUGAACUUGGUCAUGUAAUGAUUCAUUUUGUGGGAUCGAUCUUUUUCACCCGUGCAUCAAUCAAUGACAUCAAUGUAAUAUUCGGGUUAUAAUACUCAAAAAUUGUUGUUCCAAUAUAAAUUUAAUGAUCAGCUUAAGCAUGAAGUUCAUUAUGCGAUCGCCCAAGAUCGAGGAUCCGAAUGAUUAUCCUGGAUUGUGAGAUCUAAAGAUGUCGACUGUAAAAAUGAAACACGUAAAAAGUAGUCUGGAUCGAAUAGGAUUUCGAUUUCCUAGACAAGAUUCUCUCCGCGGACGAAAAAAUGACGUCGACGAUUAUAAGGAUGAGAUAUUUCUAGAAGCAAGCCUGCAGUUCCUGUAUUCUUUACUUGCCGAAAGAACAACGACAAUAAAAAAAACCGUCGAAAAAUUAAACGAAACUGCAGUUCCUCCCAACAUCUUCGGGAAUUUGAAAUCCCGUACCGAUUCUUACGCAUCGACGUCGGUUCGUCUUUUCUCUUCUCCGAACUACGGAGAAUAUGAUAUUGGUACUGAUAUUGAAGAACCGAAUAUACCCGUCGAAAAACUGACGCCAAAUACCACGAGAGAUCUUCAAAACCCGGGUAUCCGAGAAAGCAUCUCUUACGCAAAUAUCGUACGCAAUGCUGUUUCGCGUUUGGCUACGAAUUGUAAGAGAAAACGUACCAGCAAAACGAAAAUUCGCCUCAUUUCUGCAAACUCUCUGCAAGGUUCCAAUGGACUACCUGAAACUGUUGGGAUUUCUUUUAAGGGGCGGAGAAACCGAAGCUCCUCUGAGUCUUCAUUCCGGCAAAGCAAUGUUUGGGAUCACGAGUGCAAAGCAGAGUCGGACGUUCCGAGCGAAACAGUUUCGAGUUCAUUACCUGCAGCUCCGAAGGAACGCAGGGGAUCGAACGCUCAAGCCAAGAGGAAACUACGUUUGGUUCCGACGAUCUUGAACCUGUUAAGAGGAGGAUCGAAAAGGACUUGUUGCACCUCAUCGAUCUGCGUUGAUCUCUUGGAAAAGGAUCAAAUAGAAUACUCGCCAUCGGAUUCAAAUGUGACAUCUAUAAAUUUUACUAGUAGGAGGCCUGAAAACUUUGUUCGGAAUGAUGAAAAAAAUACACGUCGUAAUAAGUUGAUAAAUAUGCUGCGAAAUGUUUCAAAUGAAACCCGAAUGUCGAUUAAUAACGACGACGGAUCCCGUAGGCGAAACACAAUUGGAAAAUUUUCUCUCAUGCAUGCUGAUAUUUUACCGCCUACGAAAGUUAAUCCUAGCUCACAACCGCCGCAACAAACGAAAAUGUGCAACGUAAAAGUACAAGCAACUGCAGUUGGUUGCUCCAAGUGUGACCUUGUCAAUCGAAAACCCAGUGCACCCACAAGGCCAGAAAUUAUAUGUGAUAAACUUGCAGAUGAAAUUCCGAAAGGUGUGAGAAAUUAUAGUGACGAAAUAACCAUUCCUCUAAGAUAUUCCCAAGAUUCGCCUUGGCUUGAUUGGAUUGAAAAUGUUGGCGCUGAAAAGAUAAGUCAAAAUGAUGUUGAUACGUUGCACGGGCUAGCUGCAGAAAUCCGAAGGAUUCGGAUGCGACGACAUCCAGUUGGUGAACUGCGGACAGAAAUACCCGUAAAAAUCAAAACUACGCAAGCUCCACUGCAUCUUCGCAAAACCGAUCAAGUUUCCACUGCAAAGUUUUGGGAGCAACGUGACUUUGAAAUAAAAACCAAAAGCCACCGAGUAACCACGACAGACGGGUUUCAGGUGGAAAAAUUUGUCCAACUCCUCGAUGAGACCUUGCCAGAAGGCAUUAAUUAUUUUCCACUUCAUAGUAACAAAAACGAAGGCGUAUGUAGAAUGCAGGAUAAAAAUCUUGCCGCUCUAAAUUCGAUGCGUGAAAAAUCCGCACUCCAAGUUCUAUUCCGCCAAAUCGCUACCGAUGCCUCGAUUAUUUCUGAAUCCAUCGAAUUGAAAUCAUGCGGCAAUAAUGACAAGAAUGUUCCACAGACCGCACCAAAACGACAAUCAUCCAAAAUAAGUGUGUGCAGUUACUCAUCGGAAGGCUUGUCUGGUAGCGAUCAGGAGUCUCCCGACUUUCGAAUGAAAUCUACAUCUACGCUUAGGGACGAAGAAACCGAGAUCAUAAUCGUGGAAGAAAAUGGCGGUAGUGCAUUACCUGAAAAUUCCAGUAGCAGUGCAUUGGUCGCACAUCGUGGAAGUGAGAAGAGUACUUUCUGUUCACAUUCAGUUCUAAGAGAAAAAAUUCACAACUUAGAUGAUAAAAAACUCAGUAACGACGUGAUGGGGUGGUGGGCUCCGAACUUUAAUUAUUCAACAACUCCUUCGCCACUUACUCAGUAUCUAUCGAUAACUUAUUAAUUUGACGGUGAUAAUCAUCGGGUUGCUGAUAUUUAUACAACAUAAGGUGUAUUAUAUUACACACCGUGUUUUACAUUUACCGCCACGUACGCUAUUCCUUGUGCAUCAACCUGCGGAAAUAUGGGUUCCCACUGCAAUCCCUGUGAAAUAUUAUGGCCCUAUGUGUAAGCGCACUUUUUUGACCGGCGCUACCCAAGUACUCAUCAACUUUAAGCGAUAUGUGUGUAAUUACUUUACGGUGCAGCAUUCGAUGUUCUUUCAGAUUAUGUAAAAAAAAGUAUGCCAUUCCAUCAAAAUAGAAAUACAAGUUGACCUUGAACACGGGUCAGUGUCUCAACCUACAGAAGAUGUGACUGUACUAUAUUCUUUGCCCCUCGAUAUCCUAUAAGUUUUGUCUGAAAUGUCUUCCCGAAUCUUGCUUAGUUUCGGAAAUAUUAGCCUGGCGCGAUCAAAAAAAAAAAAAACACCCUGAAUAUACUUACGUUUCCGCAUCACAUUGACCUAUGUUACAUGUGCAUAUUCAUUUGAAAAAUAAAUAUUUCCGCUAAUUAUUUCGUGAACUCAUCAGCGGAAAAUAUUUUACUUUUAAUAAUUGAAGUAUAAUUCUAGACAUACACCAGAUAUCGAGAUUUUUAAUUUUUUCGCUUCUCUUAUCGAUAACUCGAUCAAUUUCGUAGAUGAGUUAAUUUAAUUAACAGAUUCAGAUUUCUGAAACUCGAUAUACAUAUUAAUCCUAAAUAUAAAGAAGGUAAAUUUUAUUUUUGCCCCUGAAAUUGAGACAAAUAAAGGUCCUGAUCUUUGAUUCGAUAUUCAGGUAAUAAAGGGAUUUAAAAGAAUUCUGG